GCAUGCUUUAGUGUGUUACCGGCCGGCGUACGCGUAUGACGUGAUGUUCCGUGCGCGCGUGUAUCUUACGAUCAUUUUUAUCGCUGCAGAAAACUACCACUUCUAUUUUACUGCUUAAUGCGAUUUCACGCGUACAGUGUGCAUUUUAUGAUAUCGUUAAUAUUUUUAUCAGUGCGAUGUCUUUUAACCGUUGUUUAAACCAUCUCAUAAACUCUUCGUGUCAGUGAUUCAAGUGUUUUUGGUUAAAUUUCUGGACAACUUUUACUUGUUAAUAUGCCGUUCGUUCAACGUUCUGUCCAACCUGUCCGCUUGAGCAGGGUUAAAUUGCACGAUGAUAAUGGCGCACCGACUGUGAAUGACCGAGAGCUUGACGCAGUCACAAAUUUUACGCUGAGUAAUGCCCUCAGACAAAUGGCAUCCGUAGCCACGCUUGCCGAUGAAGUUUUUCGUGAUCUACGAAGCCAACUCUUGGAUGUGGCCACUAGAUCAGCCAAUCUCAAGUGCCGAGUGAAAGCUCUUGGAGAACUUGUAGAUAGAACAGAUCCAAAAGCCGUUACAGUCCCUGAAAGUGAUCUCACAGCGUUUAGUUUGCGGACCGAACAUUUUAAGAGUAAACAAUUAGAUACCAAGAACUUGUUGUCGGCAGAGAAUAGACCUGCUUGGGUGAAAAGAUUAUAUGAACAAGCCGGCGUUCCCAAUAAAGUGUACGAAUUUAAACAUCAAGUCCACAGAACAACAUCUAGAAGAAAACGUUCAUUGGACGACAGUUGUUUACCUAACGAUAUAGAGCUUAGAAAGCCUGCAGCGUUAACUAAUCUACGGCCAUGGACUUCCGAAGAAGUACUUGGUGACAUUACAGUUGCUCCAGAUUGUUCGUCUCGAAUUCCCAGAGAUCCAAGUCCGUCGUUCACUGAUCAAGUGGAUCACCAAUUACCAUCGCCAGAAGAACAACAACACGUAAUAGCACUCAAAUUCCCGCCACAAGUUGUUGAAGUUGACGUUUCCGGAAAAAGCUUUAAUCGUAUGAGUGCUCUAAGAAGAUCUCUCCAAAACGUUGAGUACGAAACGUCUGUAAGAAGAAGAAAGAGUAGAAGACCUCGUGGAAAGAGAAGAAAUACAAUUGCCGGUACUGAUCAAAAAGAGCUUGAAGCGGUCAUUGGAUCUUUGUCGGAUAGCAACAAAGACUCAGAUGAUAUGGUUUCGAGCAGCAUGGCCGUUGUGGUGACUGAAAAGAAAUCUAAUCUUGAUUUGCUUAAAGACUGGGGUAGAACGAGGCUGAAACACUUCAAGAACAUGGAAACCUCGGGUAUGACAGCCGUCAAACUUAGAGAAAAAGGUAAGCUAGGCUUGACGAGAAGAAAAUGGGACAAUAAAGAUGAGCCCGUACAUUCAUCGUCAGGCAAUUGGUCUGCUAGCUCAGAGAGCGGACAAUCAACUUCAACUAGUCACGUACCUAGAUCUAGUGUCAGCAGUGGUAGUGGUAGUACCAAGCCGACUUAUCACGGCGGUAGUUCCAUUACUAGUGAUGAAGGUGAAACCGGAUCUACUUACUCAUGUGAUACUGAGGGUUAUUAUACUUCUUUUCACUUGGACAGUGGUCUAAAAACACUGCGUGAAGAGGAGCUACCCCAACCUAUGUCAGCUUUACAUACGACGUCUGCACUUAGUCCUAGUUUCCAAUCAUCGUUAGCCGAAAGUGAAUAUGAUAUAUUUGGCAGAGGCAGCACUUCAACUACAGCUAGUUCAGCUGGUACCGUUUGUACGUCUUUAAUGAUAUCUCCUCCUAAUGUACCUGAACGAGGAGAUAGCAAACUUUCUGAUAAAACCGAUCUAUAUGGUGGUUCACUACCAGACCGUAAUUUACACGCUAGUUGUCAACUUAAAGAUCUAAUGUACGACAAAUCUAAAACGGCACCAUCACGUUUAACUAAAGAGAAUAUUACUAGGUACAAAGAAGAGCGAUUAAUGAUAGAUGUCAAGCCUCGACCUAAUCUAGAAACUUGCGGUGAUUCGCCUGACAGCGGACACAAUACGUGCAGCUCACCGGUUGACUCUAUCACCAACCCAUCGGUAGACUUAGAAAUGUCCGAAUGUUCUGACCUAGAAGGUAUUGAUCGUGUAGAAAGACUAAGGGUAAAGACGACAAUCAACACCAGUCGUAUACCGUCAAUGUGCGUUAUCACACCUCCUAUGAGUGAUGACGAAGUGAGUCUUAAAACAUUGCGACAAACAGAAACUGAAGACUACGGGGAGUAUGUAACCUUAGCACAUAUCAUGCCAGAGGUAGCCACUGUUGUCGAAGCUACUACAAAUAUAAGAGAUUUUGUACACCUAAAUGAGUUACCGGCAGGUUCAAUUGAUAGAAAAAAGAGUCAAGGAGCUAGGGUUACAUUAAACUCCGAAGGUAAAGUAAUAUAUUCAUCCGACAGUCUUAAACGAAGGAAAAAGAUACAUACAACUAACACUUUUGAACCGGGACCUUGUGUUAAUGCCAAUGUUGAAAUGAGGCCAACAAAUAUCAACAAUAUUAUUUCACAAGCUAUACCACGUACACCACUCAACGUUAGACCCGUUUCCAAGCAAAUUUUACCUAUACAAAAGACGGCAACGAUUUCGAAAAGUAAUAGUGGCUUUGCUCAAAAUCCCCACACCAACAAACCAAUAAAUCCUGGACCAAUUGCUCAACUCAAGCCAUUGGUUCCUAUACCAUUGGCUUGUUCUCCCAGUGUAAGGCGUUCCAGAGCUGCCGUUCCUCUUAUGCCGGUCACCGGUAAUCCUACCGUAAUUCGCCACUCACCUCGGGUAGUAUUACCGGACAGUUUUAAGAAUACGAAUUGUGGAAAACCCGUUUCACCAUUGAUAUCACCUACCCGACGUAGUCUUUCGCCCAAAGAGGUGGUCAAAGGGGCAUAUGUCCGAAUGCAAGAUCCUACGGAUUGUCUUGAGACAAGUCUAGACGACACUAUGAAGUCUGUGAUAAAGCGCAGCGAUAGCUAUAGAUUAGCAAACACUAAUAGUCCACGGUUGACCAAGUCACCAAAUAUGUUGAUAGCACUGCAAAAAGCCCGCAGCGAGAAUGUUCAAGGAAACUGCAAUAAAACGCCCACCAAAAACAACAAUAGUUGUGGUGCGGCCGACAGCAGUAACGUGUCGGCAUCGACUCCAGUCAAAGCUAAUGGUACGCCUAGUCUAAUCGACAUGAGCAGCAACAACCUUUCGCCUAUCCAACGGAGCCCUACGACGGCCUAUAACAAACCUUCGCCCGUUGGACUUCAGCCAUCUAACAAUGUGAGCAAACGAUCUCCUCCGCCAGCUGUCACGGUACGUCCGGCGUCCGGUCGGUCAGCAAUGGACCUAUACGCGGCCAUACACGAGUCCAAGAAGCGAUUGUUGGGUGCCCAACAAGCUCCGGUAUCUCAGCCGAUACAAGGUACUCCUGUGCCGAAAAUAGAAAUCAAACGACCCGAACGACAAUCUGACCGAGUGCACCGCAAAGAAAACAACCCGACAGCGGCUCGGUACGAUUUCAAACGGUUACUGUUACAGGCCAACAUGUCUAGUGGUCGUCGUACCGGAGGACAGUCGGCUGUAACGCGACUUCAACAGCCCCUGCCACCACCACCGCCACCGCCGCCAUCCAAACCGACCGUCAUUCAGUCCAACAGACUCGCCGCACCGCUUCAGUCUAGGAUGUUACAAGUAACCAGUAGAGUUGGAAAAGUACCAUCGUGGAGCAAGUCGAACGUUCUCUCCUCGACAAUACAGGAAGAUUGUCGUGAGGAAGAGGACGAUUACGGCUCAGCCUUACCGAAGUCUUCAGCACUCGUUAAGCGCACACUAAAAGAUUUCACAGACAAUAAUACUUACUCGAUGAAGAUUAGUUCACAACCCGUGAUCCCGGGCACCGGCACUACUUUGGAAACGGCUCUUUGAUGUCUUCCCGUUGCUUUAACUGUUUUUAUUAUUAAAAAAAUUAUAAAAUUACUAUUUUUACACAUUACAAUCUCAUGUUCCUCGCGGAAACAUUUUUUCUUGUUUCCACGACCGUUAAAAUGGUUUUUUGUUCUGGAAAACAAUUUAUAAUAAUCUGCGUAGUAAUUAUAUUAUGACAUAUCGAUAACUUUAUUGACUUCGGAUAUAUAUUUUUUACUGACACUGGUAUCUACAUUUUUUAUUACAUCAUAUUUUCCUAAAAAAUAAAUUGUUAUUUUUCGCAUAAUAAUUGUGUUUGGUAACAAAAUAUUCUAAAUAGUAUCUAUAAUUAAAUAAAUAGUAUUGUAAAAAAUUAAGUCAUAACUUAAUAUAU